AUGUCGUCAGACACUGCCCUUUCUGUUUUCGGGGGCAGCUCCUCAACGCCCGCUCCGCUAACAGGUGUUCUACCAGAAGCUGCAUACAUUGCAACCUCAGCUGCCACCCAAAUUGUUACCAGCGACCACGAGUCAUUCUUUCAGACCUUGUGUGCAGAGGGUAUCGUCAAGCCAGGCCCGCCAACAAUUCUAGUUACGCCCGACGCGCUAAGACUGGUAAAUCAAUUCCUUGAUUAUCUGCUUUGGUCGAUAUUACUGGUUGGAAAAUCAACAACGCUCAGGUCUCUUCGCCCUGCUGUCACUGAAGUUUUGAAGAGUAGGUUGGCUAGGGAGGCGAUUGCGUCUGCGGAGGCUGAGCUCGAGGAAUAUCUCGGGGAUGGGGAUGGGGAUGACCUGGAGGAUGGCCCUUCUGAGGGCGAUGAGUUUGAUGUUGAGAGGAUAUGGAAGAAGGCAAGACUGAGGUGUAUGAUCUAUUCAUCAUUAGGGGACCUUGAGGAGGACGACGACGAAGGAUACGAGGAGUCGGAAUACUCAUCGAAUGGCAUUGAUCAAUAUGCCAGGAACGGCCCACCUACUGCGGUCUCACCAGCUGUUGCUAUUUUUUUGACAUCUAUCCUCGAAUUCAUUGGGGAACAAACCCUUUUGGUCGCGGGGCAUGCAACGGUCGCUAGGUUUUCCCAAGCCCGUAUUGCAGCGGCGGCUGAAGAGGGCACAAAUGGCAGCUAUGAAGCCGUUGAUAGACCUUCGGUUGAAGAAUUGGAUAUGGAGAAAGUUGCAUUAAACCCCGUUUUAGGACGGAUGUGGCGACAAUGGAAGAAACUAUUACGUGGUCCGUCUGCGGGGGGGCAGAUAGCUUCCAGAGCACCGAGUAUCCGUCGUGAUAGCAGACGACAGAGCACAAUCAGCACCAUCAGUAUUCAGAGUGUUCUGGAGAGUCGGUCUGACUCUGGGGCUGCAUCUCCGUGUACUCGAGAUCUCACAACUAAAAAAUCGGACGACGGGAUCAGUCCAGUUGAGGAGCACAUGCCACCGGUUAUUAAAUCCGGACUACGGAAACUGGCAUCGGCCGAAAUGCUUGGAAGUGCUCCGUUGACACCAAUUCCUGAGACACCUUCGAAUAUGGAUGGGGGAAAUGGCGCGAAAAUGGUUAUCCCCGACAUGGCAGCCAUGAAGCAUGAAGUUAUUUCUGGAAUCCCUGAUUUCCCGCGACCCAACAGUAUGACGACUUUUCCAUCGCACUCAUCAACAUUCGUCUUUCCCUUCAGCAAGGCGCAACCAAAGGAGGUGAAUGUUGCUAUAGGAGAAGAGGAAGUAAUUGAGCGAACAUCUUAUCGAAGAGCACGCUCGAACUCGCUGCCGCUUCCUGGAUCGUUCCCGUUCUCACCCGAAGAUGUUGAUUUUCCGUUGAGUCCGAUAAGCCCACUGAGUCCACUAAGUCCUAUGAGCCUCAGACCGAAUGGGGAAGAAGAAGAAGAAGAAGCUAUUACACCGGUACCUGAGAGGCCACCACACCAAUUCCCGGACCCAGUUUCAAAAGAGCAGGAUCUUGAAAGUAUAGCCGAAACCGACGAAGAUGCCACUGAUAUCGACGACGAAGCUGGUGAAGUGAGCACGUUGGAUAGCUUCGUCAUCCAUGAGACUGCCGAAGCAACUGCUACUACCCCAACCUUUUAUAGAGCACAAUCUGUGCGGAUUAUAUCAACUGGAAGUGCACCUGUUGGGUUUGAAAUUACGGAGAGGAAAUCAAGUAGUACAAUCAGUACUUUACGUGAGAAGGAAGAGCCAAAUGAAAGCAGGGAUAGCGCACAGAGAGAAAGUCCUGUAGAUCGAUCACUACACUCGCCUGACGAAAUUGGAGUAGCGAGAACAUCAGAUAUCGCUCUCCCGACUCCCAUCUCGUCUCCUAUCAUUGGCACGAAUAGCGAUUCGCAAAUUGCGGAACAGUCUGGCUUGCUUGUUGUUCGUCGUCCUUCUGCAGAUUCAUCAGCAGAAAGCGCGACAUCCGCCACCCGAGAUAUUGCGAAAGAGCGGAGGCGGCGUUCAAAAUAUUAUCAACCAGCCCCAGCACCGUCUGCACCAGACUUCUAUCCUGAACAUCAUACCGAUGACGAAAUCGUGGAGUAUGAAAAGCAGAAAGAUGAUGAACCAGAAAAGCAACCCACCCUGCAGAUCUCACAAGUUUUGCACAUAAAUGACGAACCCAGCGUGUUCGAUGCGCGAAAGUCUGCUCGCGAAGAGCUUCUAGACCUCUAUAGCCACGAUCCAGAGUUUGAUGAGGAUGACGAACCAGAGCCUGUGAAACGUCAGACCAAACCUGUUCGUUCAUUGCGUGGCGCAUCUCCUUUCGGUUCACCAGACCUGUCACAAACUGCCAAAUCUACCCAUUCAAAUUCGUCCGAAUCACUCACAGGAAGAUCUCAUUCUUCUGGGGCUUUGAGCGCAGAUCGGCGACAGUACCCCUCCUUUGACCUUGCGCGCCCUAGCUCCAACCGUGACGUUUCCACGCCCACGUCCAGUGAGCGGGCUGGCGUACGGGUAUGGACACCACCCGCAACGCCGGAUGCUGCCAAGGGAGGACGGUUUAAAGCGACUCUUAACAAGACUAAGGGUCAUGCGCAUUCCGCGUCGGUUUCCUCUCAGACAUCCGCCAAGUUAAAAGGGUUUAUAGGUGGACGGCCAACGACUGCGGAUGAUAAGCGCCAAGUGAGCAGCAGGCAGGAUUGGGAUAACGAAAGCUCUUACAGUGAUACUCAUGCAUCUAAGAUCGAUGAAAAGGAACGCAGCUUCGAACAACUGAUUAAUAGCGGUGCAACACUGCAGUACACUCUUACGCCUGAUAAUGUCAAGCGGAUCGACCUUGAGAUUGCUUCGUCGAGGAAAGGCUCAGGUGACUCUGGCAGAACAAAGGCUUCUGUGGAUAAAUAUGUUCCGAUUGUAACUCCCGUAACUCAAUCCCCACAAACUGGACGAUCGAGCGCUCAAAAGUCAAGACCUUUGACAACGAUUGCCUCGGAAGAAUACGAAUACGACGACAUCGUUCCAGAUAUCCCCUCAAAACAAACUCGCCUAGCUGGAGUUAGCUCCGCAAACGACAAUAUAACGUUCUUCCCACCACGUUCAACAUCCACCUCAUCUGGAAUGAUGCCGCAACCGCCACGUGGAGCAUCCCUACAAGCGAUAAACACCCAGCCAAACACUAGAAUCACUGCUGGGCAAGCACCACUUUCACCUCUUGAAUCACCAAGGUCACCUGCCACCAGAUCCCCAUUAAUACCACGACGACCCACCGCAAGCUCCAUCGAUGAAAUCCGAUCCUUACGUUCUGCUAGUUCAAGAGGAAAGCUUGUAGCCCGAGCACCCCAGCCAGCGACAGCCGAUUCCACACUUGCAUUGAUUGACUUUUUCCGAAAUACACCACCCCCGCUUGACGCACCUGUCAACCCUCCACUUGGAAGGUCGUCAUCAGUUUCAUCACGAACGCCAUCGGUUUCAUCACGAACGCCAUCAAUCUCUUCCCGAACACCAUACAGAUCGGCGAUGGAUUCAAAGCAUAAUGGACCUAACGCUACACCACAAGACUCAAUGACUAGCAUAGCUGAAAAGUCGAAUUCCCACUCUUCAUUCCACUCCCAAGCAGACCUCAUUAAAAAGCCCGAACCACCACAGCCUUCCCCUCGGGUGCUACAACGCCCACAAACAGAUGGCGGUCCAACUCGGAAACAAGUUCGCAUAAAAGACCCCUAUGCUAUAGAUUCUGAUGAUGAAGACGACGAACUCUUCGACCGCCCUGCCCCAAGGGCGCGGCAAGAAGAGUCAUUGAUGGACUUCCUCAUGAAUGCCCCUCCACCAGAACCUACGCCGGUGCAACCAUUUGUUCAGCAACAACCUCUUAAGAAGAAAAGUAGUGCAGCUCAGCUUAUUGGUCGCUUCCGCUCAUCCUCAAAGUCCAGCAAGAUUUCAAAAGCCAUGGUAUCCGCCCCAGUUGAAUCCCGUAUGGCCCCAAAGUUCCAGCAAAGUGCCAGUAGCGGCAGCUCUGCAAGCCUUCCGCCGAGGAAACAUGUUCCCCUCUCUGUAAAGCCAGUGAUGGAGCAGCAAUUUCCGCCGAGGGCCCAGUCUAGUGGUGGGAUCGCGACAAAAGGCAUGAUGGUGUCUUCGCCCCCACCGCCAAUGCCCAGGAAACCGUCGAUAUUCCAGGCGAGAGAUGCGAAGGCGUACGCUCCCGAUUCAGACUCGAGUGGUUUAGCCGAUUUUCUGAGAUAUACAGGUCCACCAGUUAAUAUUGAACCUGCCCCAGCGGUCAGUGGCGAGAAAUUCAAGAGUUCUGGAAAAAAGAAACGCGGAAUCGCCGUUUAG